AUGACAGAUCCCGCCACCCCGUCCGCCGCCGCAACCACUCCCGAGGUCCCCGUCGUCCCCCUCCCCGUCGCCCAGAGCAAGUCGAGGCUCAAAGCGAUCGUCUUGUGGCGCGAUCCGAAGAUCUCCGCCAUCGUCCUCGCCGCUUGCAUGCUCUUCUUCUACUUGACCUUGGUCCGCGGCCUUUCCGUAUUGUCCGUGAUCGGUGCCUUCUCUGGUGCCUAUUUGAUAUUGGGCAUCAUCAUCGUCAAUGUCAACAAGCGCACUGGAGGCAAGCUCAACUCUUACAUCACUAGACCUGCUACUGGCACACCUUUGCUGCGUCGUGAAACCAUCUACAGAGGUGUCGACACCGUCAUCGAAGAAUGCAAUGAGGUUGGCGAGGAAAUCCGCGACGUUCUCUAUUGCGACAAGCCCCCGCUGACACUCGGCUGUGCCUUUGUCGCCUUCCUCGUCUACAUUGCCGGCAACUACUUUUCUCUCCUCUCCGUCCUGCUCGUUGGAACGAUCGCAUUAUUCACACUCCCUCUCGCCUACGAGAAGAAUAAGAAGACAGUCGACGAUGCAGUCGCCCGCGCCUCCGAUGCCGCCGCCAAGCACAUUGAGACGGGGAGAAAGGUCGCCACCGAUAGGGCUGUCAAGCUUAGGGAUGUGGCCGCCGCGAAGAGCGCACCAUUGUUGGAAAAGGCGCCCCCCGUCGCCAAGAACUUGGCCGAGAAGUUCGGCCUCACGCCUGUGAAGAGCAAGAACCAGUAAGCCAACUUUGCCCUUCCUCCUCCACAUUCGGAUCCGAGGGGGGGGGGAGUAGUCUAAGAUACGAGGGAAUGGUUUGAUGAGGUGGAUGUAUUACGCUUGUAGAAACUGAGAGGUAACUGGUUGUGUGCGCACAGCUGCACCGGUCCGGCUGGGCAUAUAUUUUACGGGUCCCGCUGGAUGGGGGGCGGUUUUGUUUGGGGGCGGGGACGCGGUAUGGAUAGCUGCUAUGGGACACGUUGGUUUAGACGGUGGAUAGUUUGUUUUCGGAUUGCUGCCAACACUGCUUGUAUCUAUCGAGAAAUAAAGCAGUCACUCUCGUGAAGUAACCAAGCUGGACAAUGUGAUAA